UGGGUCCUCCUGGCGGGGCCUGGGCGGAUGAGGUCACUCUUUGUGGUGGCUGCCGUUGGCAAGAUGGCGCCGGUGUUGGCGGAGAAGAAGCUUCUCGGGCCGGAGGGGCCCGUGGCUGCCGACUUCCCCAGCGAGGAGGAGGAAGGCCAGAGCCUCUGGUUCUCAAUAUUGAGUGAAGUUUCCACCAGGUCCAGAUCUAAAUUACCCUCUGGUAAAAAUAUUCUUGUCUUUGGUGAUGAUGGCUCAGGUAAAACGACACUAAUGACUAAAAUACAGGGAACGGAACAUGGCAAGAAAGGAAGAGGACUUGAGUACCUGUACCUAAACAUCCAUGAUGAAGAUAGAGAUGAUCAGGCGCGCUGUAAUGUCUGGAUACUUGAUGGGGACUUGUACCAUAAAGGCCUCUUAAAGUUUGCUGUUUCAGCAGAAUCAUUACAAGAGACUCUUGUAAUAUUUGUAGCUGAUAUGUCUAGACCUUGGACUAUUAUGGAAUCGUUACAGAAAUGGGCAAGCGUCUUGCGUGAACAUAUUGAUAAGUUGAAAAUUCCUCCGGAAGAGAUGAGAGACAUGGAACAGCAAUUUGUGAAGGCUUUCCAAGAAUAUAUAGAACCUGAAGAAGGUUAUCAGGGAUCACCACAAAGAAGAGGCCCAUCAGGACAGGAUGAUGAGAAUGUUACUUUACCACUUGGCGAUAACGUGCUGACCCACAACCUUGGGAUUCCUGUGAUAGUUGUUUGCACAAAGUGUGAUGCAGUAGGUAUAUUAGAAAAAGAACAUGACUACAGAGAAGAACACUUCGAUUUCAUCCAGUCGCAUAUUCGUAGAUUCUGCUUACAGUAUGGAGCAGCCUUGAUCUAUACAUCCGUUAAGGAAGAAAAGAAUCUCGACUUGUUGUAUAAGUAUACUGUACAUAAAGCAUACGGCUUUCACUUUACCACUCCUGCCUUAGUGGUAGAAAAGGAUGCAGUUUUCAUACCUGCUGGCUGGGACAAUGAAAAGAAAAUUGCAAUUCUACAUGAAAACUUCACAACAGUUAAAGCAGAAGAUGCAUAUGAAAACUUCAUUGUAAAGCCUCCUGUAAGAAAGUUAGUUCACGAUAAGGAGCUUGCUGCUGAAGAUGAACAAGUGUUUCUUAUGAAGCAACAGUCGUACCUUGCCAAGCAACCAGCCACACCCACAAGGGCUUCUGAAUCUCCUGCACGAGGGCCUUCUGGAUCACCGAGACCCCAAGGCCGACCAGGCCCUACUACUGUCCCCAGUGCCUCACCAAUAGCAUCGGUUAAGAAGCCAGAUCCAACUAUUAAAAAUAAUGCAGCAAGUGAAGGCGUCCUGGCCAGCUUCUUCAACAGUCUUUUGAGUAAAAAGACUGGCUCUCCUGGGAGCCCUGGUGCUGGAGGAGUACAGAAUGUCACUAAAAAAUCAGGGCAAAAAACUGUUUUGACAAAUGUUCAAGAAGAACUGGACAGAAUGACGCGCAAGCCAGACUCUAUGGUAACGGCCAACUCCUCUCCAACAGAAAAUGAAGCUUGAUUAUGCUUGAGAGCUGCAUAUGUAAAUGACCAAAUAACUCUGUACAUUGAUCUGAUAAUACCAGGGGCUCUCUGCUAUGGCAGAUGCUAUAAGUUUUUCAUGGGGCAGGGGGGAAACAAAACUUAACCUUCAUUGGCUUGUCCCAGUAUCAAGUGCACAUUUGGGAAGUUUUGCAUAUGAAAUUCCUUUGUUUUGAAAUAACCAUUUUAGAAUAAACAGGGCAAUUCUCUUAUUUGGGGUGGCAAACGGAAGUGGAGAUGUGGGUCGUGGAGACAAAGAGACAAGAUGCAAAAUUCCUUUUGGAAAGCCCUAAUAGCUGCUGGCAGUAGGGAAGAAUGAGGUCCCUUUCCCCCAAGUUUACAGGCAUGGGCCGUUCAAGUCGUACUUGGAGCGAAUCUGGUGUAGCCGAUUGUUGGUUAGAUGAAGAAUGUAUAGAUUGCAUUUUUAAAAAAAGAUGAAAUGCAAGAUCUGCUUAGCAGAGCAAAAAAGCGUAUUGAAGAGACUGGAGUGAAGCAGUAUUGUAGGUCAGAUAAUCACGUUUUUAAAAAAUGCCUUUCUAAUUGAGGCGCGCUCAAAACUUACAACACUGAACAUCAUGGGAAUUAUUCUUACUCUCAACUGCAUUUUGUUUUUGUUCUAACAGAAGUAAGGAAAAGUAUGAUGGGUGCCCUUUUUGUCAUAACUGACACAGGGAGAAACUUGCUUAGACCAAGUGCCUGGCACAGUGAGAGAUGUGUCUUUUAGAAGGUGCUUGAACCUCUUGUGCACUAUAGUACAAACAGUCUCUGUUUGUUUAACUUUAUUUUGAAAUGUGUUAACUUUUGAUAGUCAUGUUUAAUUUUUUAAUUCUUUCUUUCCCUGAAAGCCGUUGCUUAGUUAGGGUUGUUCCUCCACUCCCAAAUACUCAAAACUGCCUGGCCUGGGAAGAACAAAGACAUAUCACUGGAUCGUUGUGAGUUUUUUUAGCUUGUAUGGCCAUGUUCCAGAAGCAUUCUCUCCUGAUGCUUCGCUUGCAUCUACAGCAAGCAUCCUUAGAGGUUGUGAGGUCUCACAACCUCUG